UUAGGAAUAAAAUUUUGUCUCGUGUGCAUGAAGACCCUCGGAGCUUUUUGGAGCUUACUGAUUCAAUUUUGGAAAAAAUACUCUACAGUAGUGAGCCAAAUUUUGAGAAAGCAAGGCGCAUUUUAAAUAGAAUGCUGACAAGAAAACUGUAUGACGUAGUUGGUGAAUGGGUCUUGAAUGUGGAGCAAUCCGAUGAAGAAAAAAGAAUGAACAAGCCACCGUCUGCUUUAAAGCCAGAAGACCUAAAUGAAUUAGAAGAGCAGUUGAGUAGCACAUGUGCUGUGAGUCAAGUUGCAAUCAACCAGGGGGGAUACUAUGAUCCCAUGAAAAAUAUUAAAUAUUAUCCUAAACAUGGGCGCAAAGGCUCAUAUUCUGACCCACCGUUAAUUAAAAUAGAUUUGCCCUAUUACAAGGUCUAUGUGUUUAAGAAAGAGAAGGAUGACAAUAAUAGUACUGAGGUGAUAAAACAGAUUGUGAAAAACUUUCUGGAAUUGAAACGUGUUUACCGUGAGGAAACUUCGACAGCUUCGACGAGUCAGAAACGGCCGCGUUCCCCUGAUCCUGACUUACCUCGUAGAACAAGUCUGCCUCAUGGCGCUGGCCCGUCGCAUGGGGUCUGAUCCUGGCCCAGUUCCGCCCGCUUCCCGGCCACACCGAUGCACCAGCCACUGCCACUGUUCCUGCGAACAGUAAUGCGAGACGCCGGCCUGUCCUUCAUGCUUAUUGGUCGUUUAACCCUUCAUACUGUCGUUUAAUUAAAAGCUUACUUCGAAUGAUUCCCUUA